CAGCUAUGACAAAAUCCGAAACCAGUAAGUAACAGCUUUCGCUUUCGUAUCGUAUGAACCAAAAUAAUUUUCGAAGUCUCGAGAAAUCGAAGAAAUCCGAUCAUAUUUUUCCAAACAGCUAUAAAAGGGCAAUCACAUGAUCAUCGUUUUCUCACAAAGCAAAAUAAAAUAAAAUGCUCUGAUUUUGCGAAAUUGGAAGAAUUAUUUUACGUUUGCGAUCGGACGUUUCUCAUCGGGAUCACCGCCGUUUGUUCUUAUUCGGAUCGGAGCGAUUUCUCUCUAAAUUUAAACAAGGAAAUCCCAGAUUGAUAGUGCACUACAUGUGGGAUGUGGGAAAUGUGAAAAUUUUGUGUUGGCUUGGUACCUCAAAAUGUGCGGUUGAUUGCAGCUGGGGAAGGACGUCACAGUUUUGAUAUAUGUACUUUGAAUUUCAUUUGCUCCUGCCGCUUUGAUUAGAAUUCAUUAGGGAUUUGUGUACAGAUCUCUUUUUUAAUAUUAGCUGCAGGUGUUGAAGAUGCUCAAGGCUGCAAAACCCCUAGGAUUAGUUGGUUUGCAUGACCCUUCUUUCCCCGGAGAUUCACUAUCUUUACAGGUUAUGAAAUUUGUUAAUGUACACAGUCAAGGGGCUGAAGCAAGUUGGAUGCUAAAUUUGUCUUCCAUAUCUCAGCCAAUUGAUACUUCUCCAAGUUGCCAUUUCCGUUCAUUUCUUCCUCAGAUUUGAACCUUCAUUGCAUUUGCUCGAUUUUGCUAAUGACAAACACUUGUUUUUAGAUAUAUCGUCACUUUGCUGCUCAUUUUUUAUCUUCCCCCUUCUAAACUUCGAUUGAAGAGUGGUGAUAACAUAAGACGUAGUCAUUACUUUGUCUUGUUCCAAAUUAUGGGGUCAGCCCGAGCAGCUAUGAUUCAUUUCCAGAAACUUUAGGAGGGUGUAUUCCCAAUUGGCAAGGGCCAAGAAAUAAAAGAAUCUGUGCUAAUAGGGUUUCUACUAAAAGCUUACUAUCUACCUAGAAAUGAAUGGGUGGUGAGCAACCAGCUUGGUUUAUAUUCGACUAAAAAUCUUCUGGUAGUUGGAGAUUUUCUUGUAGAACUUGAUUUUGUGAGAGAAAUGAUUAAGUUCCAAAUAAGGUCAAUUAUUUCUGAAGAUUUACCUUCUCAAGUUAUAAGGAUGUGAAAGUUUUAAGUGAUGAGUAAAAACUAUUCUCAGAGGAGAGACUUGGUGCAGAAAUGUGAUAGAGGUAGGCUUGUUGUUGUGGAUAACAACGCAGAAAAAUUUUGCAAUCAAUCACUCUUUCCCGUUUUGUUUUUUUUCUUUUCAUUAGAGAAUAUGUUUGAUUCUUUGAUAUAUUGCUUUUACCAUAGGUUGGGACGUCUAUGGUCGUCUCCAGUAUAGUUGGAUUUGGGUCCAGAACUUCAAGCAAUCAAGUUAUCAUGCAAUGCUAUUGCUUUCUAAUUCACUGCUGGAGGCUCUGGAGUUCCUCAGUGCUGCAUUAUUCUUGUUUUUGUGGGUUUCUUUUUGUAGUUCUACUUAUUUUGAUGAAUCCUUCGCUUGGAGUACUGCUGAUUGGAGCUGUUCAACCUUUCUUGGAUUAUUUUGUUGCUGAUUUCGACUGGUCUGCGGCAGUGUAGAAGAAAGCAUCAAUUUCUUGGAGUGCUUGCCUGGCUUGUUCAAGCCACUAGCUAUUUUUAAAAUAUUGGAAUCUUUGCUAAAUUUGUUAUUAUCUGCAGGUUUUUAGGCUUUGCACCAGCUUGUAAGAUAUCGUACGGUUUCAUCUGGAAAUGUCAUUUUCAAUGGAAGAAGUGGAAAUUAAGCAUUCUGGAGCUGAAGAGCUUAGCUAUCAGCAACAAAAUGAAAGCUGCGAAGCAUUUGAAGAAGAGGCGAGGGGAUCAUUCUCAUCACAGUCAGGUGGAAUUUGUGUGGAUAAACAAGAAUCAAAUGGUGCAGAAGCAACUGAAUUGCUGGACAAGGGGUUUAUGGAGUAUGGUUGCCCACAUUAUCGAAGAAGGUGCCGGAUUAGAGCUCCCUGUUGUGGUGAGAUAUUUGAUUGUCGUCACUGUCAUAAUGAGGCAAAGAACAAUAUCAAUGUUGACCAGAAGCUCAGACAUGAUCUCCCACGCCGUCAAAUCAGUAAGGUUAUUUGUUCGCUAUGUGGCACAGAACAAGAGGCUCAACAAGUUUGCAUCAACUGUGGUGUUUGUAUGGGAAAAUAUUUCUGCAACACCUGCAAACUUUUUGAUGAUGAUACAUCGAAGAGACAGUAUCAUUGUGAUGGUUGUGGGAUCUGUAGGAUUGGAGGGCAGGAGAACUUCUUCCAUUGCCACAAGUGUGGUUGCUGCUAUUCAAUUCUUCUGAAAAAUAGCCAUCCCUGUGUUGAAGGAGCGAUGCACCAUGACUGUCCCAUAUGCUUUGAGUUCUUGUUCGAAUCAAGACAGGAUGUAACUAUUCUGCCAUGCGGACAUACAAUUCACACAAAUUGUUUGAAGGAAAUGAGGGACCAUUUCCAAUAUGCCUGCCCUCUGUGCUCCAAAUCGGUUUGUGACAUGUCAAAGGUCUGGGAAAAAUUUGAUGAGGAGAUCGCAGCUGCGCCAAUGCCGGAAGAGUACCAUAACAAAAUUGUUUCGAUCCUUUGCAACGAUUGUGGGACAAAAUCUCUAGUUCGGUUUCAUGUCCUGGCUCAGAAAUGUCCGAAUUGCAAGUCAUACAAUACUAGGCAAACACGAGGCUGAAGUGGCUUAGAGUGGGAUGGUAGAAACCGACUUGGAUGGCAUAUUUUCCAAAUCGAUGCAUCAAGCAUUGAGUUCUGGUUAAGCUUCUGCAACGCGUAAUGGUACCGGUUGUGGCGCAUGGUUCCUUCGGGGGUUCGGUUUAGUGCUUGUUAUUUUCAAUUCUUUUGUAGAUGAUUCAAUCAAUAGCCAACAAAUAAACAUUUGCUUGUAUGGUCCUCUGUUUAGAUUUCCUACCUUAAUGUAGGAUAAGAUGGAUGUUUCAUCCUUUUAUAUUCUCUAGAAAAUGUAACUUUUUUCCUUGUCGUUAAGAGUAAAUACUUUUAUCGUACCCGGUGCCAGUUGAAUCCUUGUUUUAUUCGGCGCAGCUCCUUCAUAUACAAGCUCGCAAUAUACAUGUACUCAGUAACGGAGAUUUCAGUUUCAAAGACUGUAUCAAGACUUUUGACUUUGUGGUUUUAAGUCAUAAUUGAAAUCUUUUGGGUUUAGAAUGAAAUUAUAAAA